AUGGCAGGAUGGUGGCGCAAACAGGUCUACGAGGCCCGCCGCGACGCCAUCGCAAUUGCCCAAGUGCAAAGAAGCACUGGAGGGGGCCGCGCACCUGGUUUCCACGGCCGAGUACUGAACUUGACGGGUAUGGUCCGCCUGCGUGGCGUCGCCGACCUCCCCUACCAAGAGCAGGCCGACGUUCCCACUGCUGCAAUGGAGGUCGUCGUCGAGGCUGCGGAUGUGAGGAGCACGGCGACACCGGCAGAGGAUCCACCACGCGGUGCAUCGGACUCAGAAAGGGUGGCCGCUGCACCUGUGUUGCAGCGUCCUGUACGGCCACCACGCCGACAGCGACCGCGACGGGUGGACACCCUCACAACCAUGUCGUCGCAGUGCGCCCGCAGCCUUGAACAGGGCGACGAGAUGCUCCAGGUUGGCGCUGCAGAGAUUGAAGAACAAACCACCCGCAUCGCUGUCGCAGCAGAGAGGACGGCUGUCACGACAGAAAGGAUGGCUGCCGCGGCUGAGAGGACGGCAGCGGCGCAGGAGGGUAUCCUGGUGCAGGUGCGCUCUAUGGCAGGCGACAUAGCUGGGCACCUGCAACAACAAAGGAUGAAUUAA